AUGAGCGGCCGGCAGAGAACGCUUUUUCAGACGUGGGGCCCUAGCCUCUCCCGAUCGGCCGGGUCUCCGUGCUGCAGCUCCGGAACCGAGCGGCCUCAGAGCCCCGGCACCCCCCGGGCGCGUUCUUCUGCCGCCGCGGAGGCUGCCGACGCGCAGACAGAGGCGGACGAUGAUGUGUUGCUGGUCGCCGUGUACGAGGCAGAGCGGCAGCUGAAUCCAGAGAAUGGCGGGUUCUGCGCCUCAGCGGGCGCGCUGUGGGUUUACCCUACUAAUUGCCCGGUGCGCGACUACCAGCUGCACAUCGCCCGGGCCGCCCUGUUCUGCAACACGCUGGUGUGUCUGCCCACGGGGUUGGGCAAGACCUUUAUUGCCGCCGUGGUCAUGUACAAUUUCUACCGCUGGUUCCCAUCGGGCAAGGUGGUCUUCAUGGCCCCCACGAAACCUUUGGUGACACAGCAGAUCGAGGCUUGCUACCGCGUGAUGGGUAUCCCGCAGUCCCACAUGGCCGAAAUGACAGGAUCUACUCCAGCUUUCACCAGGAAGGAAAUAUGGCACAAUAGGAGAGUCAUUUUUCUCACACCUCAAGUCAUGGUAAAUGAUCUUUCUAGAGGAGCUUGUCCUGCUGCUGAAAUAAAGUGUCUAGUUAUUGAUGAAGCUCAUAAAGCUCUUGGAAACUAUGCUUAUUGCCAGGUUGUAAGAGAACUAAUCAAAUAUACAAAUCACUUUAGAAUCUUGGCUCUUAGUGCCACACCAGGUAGUGAUAUAAAGGCUGUGCAACAGGUUAUUACUAACCUACUAAUUGGACAGAUAGAACUUCGUUCGGAAGAUUCACCAGAUAUUUUGCCAUACUCUCAUGAAAGACGAGUUGAAAAGCUUGUUGUUCCCCUUAGUGAAGAACUUGCAGCCAUCCAAAAGGCAUAUGUACAGAUUUUGGAAGCAUUUGCCAGUUCUUUGAUUCAAAGGAAUCUUUUGAUGAGAAGGGAUAUCCCCAAUCUAACAAAAUACCAGAUCAUUCUGGCAAGAGAUCAAUUUAGGAAAAACCCACCUACAAAUAUUAUGGGAAUACAACAAGGUAUAAUCGAAGGAGAGUUUGCUCUUUGUAUUAGUUUAUAUCAUGGUUAUGAAUUAUUGCAGCAAAUGGGAAUGAGAUCACUAUAUUUCUUCCUUUGUGGAAUUAUGGAUGGAACUAAAGGAAUGACUCGGGUGAAAAAUGAACUUAACCGAAAUGAGGACUUCAUGAAACUUUAUAAUCAUCUAGAGUGCAUGUUUGCACAUUCACGUAGUACUUCAGCAAGUGGCAUUUCUACUAUCGAUAAAGGUGAAAAAGAAUUUUUCUAUAGUCAUCCAAAAUUAAAGAAAUUAGAAGAAAUUGUAGUUGAACACUUCAAGUCAUGGAAUGCUCAAAACACAUCUGAAAAGAAAUGUGACAAGACCAGAGUUAUGAUCUUCUCUUCAUUUCGAGAUAGUGUUCAAGAAAUUGCAGAAAUGCUUUUACGGCAUCAGCCAGUUAUUAGAGCAAUGACUUUUGUUGGCCAUGCCUCAGGGAAAAGCAUGAAGGGUUUUACCCAGAAAGAGCAACUGGAGGUAGUGAAACAAUUUCGUAGUGGUGGUUAUAAUACAUUGGUUUCUACUUGUGUUGGUGAAGAAGGUUUGGAUAUAGGAGAAGUUGAUCUGAUAGUAUGUUUUGAUGCCCAAAAGAGCCCAAUCCGUCUUAUACAACGAAUGGGUAGGACUGGCCGUAAACGUCAAGGCAGGAUUGUUGUUAUCCUUGCUGAAGGACGAGAAGAACGUACUUAUAAUCAAAGUCAAUCCAACAAAAGAAGUAUUUAUAAAGCUAUUUCAGGUAACCGGCAGGUCCUUCAUUUUUAUCAAGCAAGUCCACGAAUGGUUCCUGAUGGAAUCAAUCCAGAAUUACAUAAAAUGUUCAUCACACAUGGUGUCUAUGAACCAGAGAAGCCUUCUCGGAACUUGCAGCGAAAGUCAUCUAUUUUUUCCUAUAGGAAUGGAUUGAGACAAAAUAAUUCAAAGAAGGAUUGGUUCUUAUCAGAAGAAGAAUUCAAAUUGUGGAACAGACUUUAUAGAUUGAGAGACAGUGAUGAAAUUAAGGAAAUAACAUUGCCUCAAGUUCAGUUUCUGUGUUUUCAAAAUGAGGAUAACAGAUCAACUCAAGAACCAACCAUUGGAAUUCGUCAACUCUCUCUGUCAGAAUGGAGACUGUGGCAAGAUCAUCCUUUUCCUACAUAUCAAGUUGACCAUUCAGAUCGAUGCCAUCAUUUUAUAAGCAUUAUGCAAAUGAUAGAAGGAAUGAGACAUGAAGAGGGAGAAUGCAGCUAUGAAUUGGAAAUUAAAUCUUAUUUACAAAUGGAAGAUGUUAGCUCAACAUUUAGUGCUCCCAGGAACAAAUCUAAUCUUCUUGCCAAUGGCACCUUUACUAGUAACAAGAAAUAUUCAUUUAUAAGGAAUAUAAAUGAAGGCAAUUUAUUCUCAAUGACAGAAUCUGAUGAAGAAUGUGCUGAAAUUUUUAAACAGACUCAUAUCAAACCUACUAAAAUUGUCUCUCUUAAGAAAAAAGCUUCUAAAAAACGGAAAAAAGAUCAGCCUAAAAAAGAAAAUAAUGAUGUUGUUAUGGAUUCUUUAGAUACUGAUGGCAAUUCUACUGUUGAAAAUAUUUUUCAGGUAGACCUUAAUGAUAAAAGAGCAUUAGAUAUAGAUGAAGUUGCUGCCACAUGUGCUGUUGAUGAAAAUGUUGUUAAUCAGCCAUGUAGAUUAUUAACAGAAUGUCAGAUUACAAAUAAAUCUACUAAUUCAUUUACUGGAAGUUUUUUAGAUUCUGGUUAUAACAGUUUUAGUGAUGAGAAAUCUGUUUUAUAUAGCUUUUUUCUUCCAUUUGAGGAAGAGCUUGUUAUAGCUGGAACAGAUGACCAAUUUUAUAAUUGUUAUUCACUUACAAAAGAGGUACUAGUUAAUGUAGAGAGAUUUUUAUCUCAUUCUCCUCCACCUCUCAGUGAACUCUCAGUUUUGGAACAUGAAAUUACUAAGGGUUCUGCAAUUGAAAAUUUGCUUUACCCACCCUGCACAGAGUAUUUACAAAACAAUAAAUCUACCUGUUUGGUAUCACAUGCAACUGUCAGUUCUCAACAGAAUUUAGAAUUGAAUUCACUUAAAUUUAUUAAUCAUCCUUCUGAAAAAAGUUGCCUUUAUAGUACAACUAAUAAGAUUGUUGAUGAGCCCAGCUUCUGUGACUAUGAUGAUAAAGUACGUAAAGAUGUUGAAAAUGAAACUUUAGUAACCAACAAUCAUACUCAAAUAAACACAGGCCCUCCACAAUACUUAGAUGAAGAAAACAAUUGUGGUGUUGAUAACAAUGGGCUUCAAGUAUUGUUCACAGAUCAGGAUGAGAGUUUACCACUAUUUGAAGAAGAUAAUACAGAAUUUAAUGAUAUGAGCCUUUCUCCCUCAAAUAAUGAAUGCAAAUCUUUACAUGUGUCAGACAAAACUUGUAUAAACAAAAUGGCACUGGUUUCUCAGUUCUUAAUUUCUGAUGAACUUUUGUUAGAAAAUAAUUCUGAACCCCAAGAUCAAAUUAUCUAUGAUACUAAUACUAAAUCUCAUGAAGAUUUGACAGGUGUACAUGAGGAAAAACUGAAGAGUGAUGAAUAUGUUCUUGACUGCUCUAAGGAUUUAUUUUCUGUUACCUUUGAUUUAGGAUUUUGUAUUUCAGAUUCUGAUGAUGAAAUAUUAGAACAUGCAUCAAAUACAAAUAAGAAUAAAACUUUAGAUGAUCUACCUGGAAGAUGUUUAGAUAUCAAGGAGAUAAGUGAUGCAAGUUAUGUUUCAAAUCAAGCAGUAAUAACAAGAGAUCAUGUUGAUAGUUCUAGGAGUAGAACCAUUACUAUCUCAUCAAGUGAAGAUAAGCAGAGUCCAACUUCUUCACGUUUUCCAUUGAGUAUAGCAAACAAUAAACAAUUUAUGUUGCCUGGUUAUUCUCAGUUUUCUUUGCCAGUUGGGGAAAAAGUUAUGAGUACACCCCUUUCUAAAUCAAGCACAUUGAACUCUAAAAGGAGAAAGGAAAUGCCUAGGACACUAGAUUCUAGUAAAGUAAAUUCACGAAGUUUCAAAGAAACAUUGAACUCAACUUUUGAUGAUUCAGGACUUUUUAUAGAAAAGGCUAAAAACGGGGAACAAAUCAAUCUACAUCCAUCCUGUCAUUCUGCUGGAGAUGAACAGUUAACAAGCAAUGAAAGUGAAGGUGAUGAGAUUUUCCGAAGAAAGAGUAAAAAAGCAAAAGGAAAUGUUUUAGAAUCCCCAGAGGAUCAGAAAUAUAGUGAAAAUGAUUCUCCACUUCAUGCUGUAAAAAAGCGCAGGGUUCCUCCAAAGAAAGAGGAAAGGAAGGAGUCCAGUAUGACUCUGGUGUUUGGCUUGGGCUCUUUGGCAAACGCUAGAGAAGACAAGAAAGAAUUGAGUUCAGUGUGGAACAUGUUUGAGUUUGAGGUUUUUUGUUUGAUAAUGAAGUGUCAGUGUCUGGCAAGCAUUGGUGACUAUGAAUAUGAAGUUUGGCUUGUAGCUAGGAAGUUUUUAGAUGAUCAAGCAGAACUUUCCCAAGAAGAUGCAGAAUGUGUUUCAUCAGAUGAAAAUGAUGAUUCUGAAAAUGAAAAAGAUUCCUCAUUACUUGACUUCUUAAAUGAUGAGACUCAACUUUCACAGGCCAUAAAUGAUUCUGAAAUGAGAGCUAUUUACAUGAAAUCUGUGCACAGUCCAUUGAUGAGCAGCCGGUACAAAAUGGUCCAUAAGAAACAUAACAACAUAAACAUUUUCUCACAGAUUCCUGAACAAGAUGAAACCUAUUUAGAAGACAGUUUUUGUGUUAAUGAAGAGGAGUCUUGCAAAAGUCAAUCAAGUGAAGAAGUGUCUGUUGAUUUUAAUUUAAUAACUGAAGAUUGCUUUGCAAAUGGGAGUAAAAAAUAUAAAACCCGACGUUCAGUAAAGCUAAAACAAAAGAAGAUGGGACCGAAUUGUGCACGUUCCAAAAAGAAAUUAUCCAGAAUUAUUUUACUGGAUGAUUCAAGUGAGGAGGAAAACGUAAAUGAUAAAACAGAAUCCAAUAUUGUGAUUAACGCAAGCACUUUUAAAAAGAGCAAACAACAGGACCAUGGUUUGAAUUCAGUGUAUUCUGGGUCUUCCUUGCAGUCCAAGAACCAUUCUAAUCCAAUUGUUAAUCAAUUGCCAAAGCAGAGACAACAGACACUACUUAAUGUAAAGGAUAUGGCUUCUUAUGCCUUGGGCUCCAAACCUCAGAGCCGAAAUAAAAUUGAAUCUUUCUCACCAUCAUUCACUGCUGUUGAUUCACAGAAGGACUGUAGAAAUUUUCCAAUUCAGUUGAAGGUUGGUAGUUCUUUGGAAGAUUCUAGCACUUCAACAACUUACAAUUCCAACUCAAGACCAUGUUUGGCUGGCACACAUGCUUCUUUUAGACUCCCACAGGAAGGCCAGAGAACUUGUAUUCUUGUAGACAGCCGUGAAAUCACUUCUGGUUCAGAAAUAAUUUCUUCCCUAAGAGCAAUUCAUGGCUUUCAAGUAGAGGUUUGUCCUCUUAAUGGUUGUGAUUACAUUGUGAGUAACCGCAUGGUGGUGGAAAGGAGGUAUCAAUCUGAGAUGCUAAACAGUAUUAAUAAAAACAAGUUCAUUGACCAGAUCCAGUACCUACAGAGCAUGUUUGAAAGAAUAUGUGUGAUUGUGGAAAAGGACAGAGAAAAAACAGGAGACACAUCCAGGAUGUUUAAGAGAACAAAGAGCUAUGACAACCUGCUGACUACCUUAAUUGGUGCUGGAAUUCGAAUUCUUUUCAGUUCCUGCCAAGAGGAAACUGCAGAUUUGCUAAAGGAACUGUCUUUAGUGGAGCAAAGAAAGAAUGUUGGUAUUCAAGUUCCAACAGUGAACAGUAAUAAAUGUGAAGCACUUCAAUUUUAUCUAAGUAUUCCCAAUGUAAGUUAUAUAACUGCAUUAAAUAUGUGUCACCAGUUUUCUUCUGUUAAAAAGAUGACCAACAGCUCACCUCAAGAAAUCUCCAUGUAUGCACAAGUAACUCAUCAAAAGGCUGAGGAGAUCUAUAGGUAUAUUCACUAUGUAUUUGAUGUGCAAAUGAUACCAAAUGGCCUUAACCAAAGUAGAUUGGAAGCUGAUGCAUGACCAGACCACUCAGAGGUGCAGUUAUCAAAGAACUCUCACAACACUAAAUGUACUUCAAUAAUCAUUGUUGUGGUUUGUGAUUCUAAGUUUAAAAUAUGUAAA